AUGAACCCGGCAAUCCCUCCUCAUGUCUCAUUCGUGAGAACCAGGCUUGCUCCGCUUGUCAAGUUGAAAGAUGACUACGUCAGUCCAGAUUACUUGGACCAAUACGCCAUCAAAUGCCGUGGUCUCGACUUCUACAACGGCACACCCUUGGACCCAAGGUCGAAUAAACCUGUCUCGCACGCCGAAAAGUUCACGCAGCUCAUCCCUUACGAACGUAUGAACCAGUCCAUCCAAGCUACUCAGCCCUGGAAAGAUCCCGACUAUGGAGAUUCCUCCCACCUUGGGUACUGGGACCCGGGUCUUGAUAACUGGUGGUACGCGAAUAAAAUCGGUGAACGUCUUAACAUGUACUUGUUCAACCACUACAAGGCAAGAACUGAACACGUCAUGGGCGUAAUCGGUGAUACAAAGUGGGAUGGCAUGGCAGUUCCACCCGAAUACGAGCUGAACCAGCAGGAUGAUGUCGUCAAAUGGGCGGUCACCCAUAUAUGGCAAAGACGGACCCCCGAGCCGCCGCAUGUUGUAUGCGCCCUAGCUGAUAGAGUCCCUCUUCGAAACGAUCGUAUUUCCGUUCCUGAGUUGAGGACGAUCUUGACCCUCGGUGGUGUCAGGGUUGUAGAUGAGGGCUACAGUAAUUGCAAGCGUAUUCCGGUUACUGUCGUUUCCGCAGCAGGGACACAACUGCGCAUUGUGGUUGGCGUUGUGGAUAGCAGGAAUAAAACGGUCGAGGUUCGGAAGGGCCCGAUUAUUGACUUUGCAGAGGGUGAGGUGAAGAAGUGGAAAGAGUGGAUAACCGUCUUGAGUUGGAUUAUAGGCGAUCCCCUGGGGAAGACCGACUGA